AUGACGGACGACGGCGAAAACACCCCAAACUCCAAUGAAGGCUCGGCUGAUGAAGUUCCCAAUUCAUCCAAAAACAACCUUUCCCAAUCUUCUGAUAAGGAUAAACAUAAGGAUAAUAAUUUAGCCCUGGAUCAAGAACAAAAACCUUCCCUUAACACUGAUUCUAACAACAAUACCCAUUCCACCAACCUUCAGUCUACCCAAUCAAGUAUUUCAAACAAUUCCAACAAGAAUUUAACAAAUCCAAACAACACAAGUUCUAGUUCAAGUACUAACUUACAAUCUAACACGUUACAGUCAAGUGGAUUACAAUCCGGUAAUGGUAAUCAAUAUUUAAAUGGUUCACGUAAUGGGUCAGCAGGAUCGAAUAGUUCUCAGAUUUCACAUUCGAAGAGGGAACAAGCUUUGCAGGAUGAGGCUACAAGAUUAUUUUGUGAGAUGGCUUCAGAUCCAGAUAUAAUGGACCAGGCGUUUAGUGCUGCCGUUAACCCUAAUGUUGCAAAGGAACUUGCUCGGCAGGCUGACACUGCCUGGAGGAAUAUUGAAACGCUUCCCGGUGGUUUCAGAGCUUUGUGCCAGAUGCAUCAUAACCUUCAACAGCCGCUUUGGAACGCCGUAAUAGGACAGGAUUUGCCCAAGGUAUCAAAUUACCAGAACUCAAACCUUAACACGACUCUACCCAAUGAACCCAUAAAGGCUGAACCCAUGCCAAACCCCUGGAAAACCGAGACUCCAAGACCAACAAACCCAGCCCCUUCAUCUUCACCCUUGAAUGGAUUUAACCCUUUUGGCUUCACUAACUUUAACGAUAAUAUUUCUGCUUAUCCCAGAUCCCCUCAGGGUUCCCGUGACGAGCUGCUUUCCUCAGUCAUUAGUAGAACUCGUUCAGCCAGCUUCCAAACGGCCUCUCAGCUCAUUCAAAACUCGUCCACCAAGUAUUCUAAGGAGAUUGAGGAGCUCGCUGAGAUGGGCAUCACUGACCGCGAGAAGUGUUUGACUGCACUUGAGGCUGCCGACGGAGACCUAUUUCAAGCUCUGGGGAUUCUUCAAAGUCUAGACGAAAUGGACCAAGAAGAAAAUAACAACAAUAACUAA